AAAACGGGUUUGGCGAGAGUGGGCUCCCAGUGCGGAACCGACCAUCGUCGUUGUCGUCGUCGUACUCCGCGGAUGUGUGGUGUGUGCCAGCUUCGAGUCGGCCCCCACCAGCGAGCUCGGACCGCCUGACCGUCGGAUUUUGCGUGCGCGCACACGAAACGAAAGCCGCUGGAAGAGACCGCUGUGCUUACGCUCUUCGCCGCAGAGAGUCCGAUACCUUUCGACGACAACGCCUGGUCGAACGCGUCUGACGAACGAAGCCUGCCGUGUCGGCGCCGACUGACGUCGCCCACCACCUCUAGUCCAUCGACAUGCAGCCAAGGCUACCUGUGAUAAUAUUAUUGGCGUUCCUGGGGACAUGUACCACUGCACAGGAAGACACGGCCAUCUCGGCUAAAAUUGAUGGCGGUGAGGCGUCGGACGUGAACAUCGAAUGCAACAGCAACAACAUCCAGGUGACACUGGAGGCGACGCACGACUUCAAUGGCAUGAUCUACCCCAAGGGCCUGUCCAAGAACUCCACCUGCAUGGCAGAGUACAGCAACGUGCGCGACAAGAUCGUCUACACACUCCCCCUCCGCUCCUGCAACACCAUGAGCACCGAAGUGGACGAAGGAGUGGAGUACUUCAACACCGUAGUAGUGCAACCUCACCGAAAGCUGGUGACAAACCAAGGCCGUGGAUUCCACAUCCGAUGUCGGUACCAGACUAAAGAGAAGACCAUCACCAAUUUUUUCAACGUUAGUAUGCUGGGAACGACACCGCUGGUGGCCACGGCUCCCAUGCCCGGCUGCAGCAUGAAGAUCUUCGUCGGCGACUCCGAGGAAGAAGUGAUCGCGGAGAACGUCAAGAUCGGAGACCCACUCACUUUGGUCAUCAGCAUCGACUACCAAGAAACCUACGGCAUGCGUGUCACGAACUGCCUCGUGCGCGACGGUCUCAACUGGGGCGAGCAGCCACUGAUCAACAACGAAGGGUGUCCCGUGGACAACGAGAUCCUGGGCCCGUUCGAGUACACGAUGAACAAGACGCGUGCUUCGGUCACCUUCCAGGCGCACAAGUUCCCCUACACCUCGUCCGUCUACUACCAGUGCAACGUGCGGCUGUGCCUCAAGUCUAGCGGCGGCUGCGACGACGUGCCUCCGGACUGCAGUGAUGUGCGCCACAGCGUUCGUCGCCGCCGUGACGUCGAGGCCAAGGGAGACCUGACCGCGCUGGAGAAGGCCGAGCAGGAUGUCCGCGACCUCAGCAUCGAGGUCUUCUCGGGACUGUACGUCAACGAAGUCACCGACUCCGAGGACCCGGAAGUGAGCUCCCGGCCGACGUCGUCCGCCAGCUCUUCGGACCACGACUUCUGCGUGUCCUCGCGCAAGUUCGCCAUCGGCAUCGCCAUCGCGGGCGUGUUGCUCAUGCUGGCAGUGAUGCUCCUGGUGGCCUGCAUCCUGCACCGCCGCCGCCGCAGGAAGGGCUCCAGCAGCGCCGGAAGCUCCGUCUACUCCGGACCCUACUCCAACCACGGAUACUCGAGGGAAUAGGCGCGCCCGCUCUCCGCGCGGCACCGGGAGUCACUCCUCCCUAGAAUACCGCGACCAGCUCUGACGCGCCCGACAGACGCGCCUCCACCACGGGCGCUAGUCUUCCUCCUUUCGCGAGCUGAUUGCCGUAUUAUAGGGACGUACUCGGCAAAACAAAAUAGCCACAUGUCUUGCUGCUGAUUUCUAGAUUGGUGCGCAAGUCACCGAGAAGUGUUGUUCGUCUGUCGACUGAAACGAACAGCGAAUACCAGCAACAAACAACGAAGCGCCCAGCCUGUAUAAGACGCUAUUCCUGAAUACAACAGACCGUUGAUUGCAUGACGCGGCCUGUCACCUACUGCAGGCAGGCCGCAUGGUGUUCUCCUGUAACAUAGUGCCAACGCCGAAUCGGGACAAAUGUGUUAUACCAUUUCGGCUUCCACCGACAGAUUGGAUAUUUUUUUUUUCGUUUUUUCGUUUUUACAGUCCAACAUUCCAGGCUUGUGUUACGGUGGGCGUCGCUUAAGUGGAACCCGUAGUGCCAGGUUCUUCCUGAAAAGCAAGGUUUCAGCCGUCACACGAAGUCGACCACACGUCCUGAUGAGUGACUCCCGGCUCAGGGCUGAAAGAACAAAGGUAACGGCUAUUGUGAGGGCGUGCCUUUGUUCUUUCCCUGCUCUAGCUACAACACUACAAAACUGCGCCUGUUUAUGGUGUUGCUAUUCCUUUCUAAACAGUCGUUAAGGUGCCGAUAUUAAAAUCAUAAUUUCAGAACUACAAUCAACCGUAAAUGUUUUCUUCUUUUUUACUAUGCUUAAUUAGAAGUUGUUCGUCACAGGCCUUGCAAAACCGUCACUACACGGCAAUGGGCCAGAUAAUUUUUGGAUGUUAUCGGAUAAGGUCCCCGAUAUGACAGGUCAGAUUUUCACAUUAACAGAUAGACAAAGCUGUAGCGGUGCUUUUUUUUUCUUUUUUGGAGGAUGGCGUUCCAAGAGCGAGCGAGGACUGCUAGUGAGCUGAACGAAGACUGUUGGUCAGCUGUUUAGGCUGGUGUAAUGUCGGCGGCAGCAUCUUUCAAAUACAAUAUCCAUCGGCUAACGUUUUACUCCUUUAGGCUCUUUGAAAAGUUUAACAGCGAAAUCGACAGGCGAUUAUCUUGAACCGCUACUACCGUUUGCGACGCCAACUUUUUCUACCAAGCCAAAUCAGCAUUGGUGUUUUGUAGAAAUGGCAAAGCAUAAAUGUCUCUUGCAAGAACAUGAAAUUGAGAUUCGAGUAUAUCACCUCUUUCUUUCUUUUUUUUUUGUUAAUAUUACUUGUAUAGAAAGAGUCAGCCUUUCAGACACCGCACCAUAAGCAGUAAACUUGACUACACUGAAAAAAUGCAGCGACUUUUCUAAUUCGAUGGUCCCCUCAGGCCGUGGUCAGAGGAAAAGCGAAACGAUUUUAUUUACAACACUCGCAACAUGUUACCAGCUUACACGCAGUGCCAAGUGUCAAAUAUAUAUAUAUAAAAAAAGAAAACAAAGAAAAACUGUCGGAGCUUUCAUGUGCUAGACAAAAGCAGGUACUGUCCAGCAGAUGUGCAUGCCCUGCAUUACAGAGCCUGGUACAUCGGGCGCGUAUUGAGAAGACAAGUUGUAAGGGCAAAAUCCUCGCGGGCACCUCUUUUCCUUUUUCUUAUUUAUACGCUACGUGACAAUUCCCAUUACUUAACCUAGUUCACGUCAUCGCUGCCUCUUCAUGUCCUGCUCGAGGUACGUGCACUGGCAAGCAUGAGAGGCUGAAGGCGUGACCAAGUCAUGCGUUGCGUGCGACUACCUUCCCUUUUGCUUGAACUGAGCACAGAAUACUGACCGGUGAUGUCCAAAAACAAAAAGAAAAAUUUUCGCUGCGAUGCUUUCGCUGUGGUUUCGGGCGAAUACGGCGUGGGAGCCGUUUCUUCCAUUUUAGCCAGUUUUUCGGUUCAGCAGCUUUCCGUCCCUAUAGAUAUUUGAACCUUUGAAUAUCUUUUUCUUACUCAAAAACAGUGCGUACGAAAUAGCUUUUAAGGUACCAGGAUGUGCUGAGAGUACAGCACGCUUAAUAUUUUCGGUUCCGUACACAGAAAUGAUCGUUUUUAUGCCUGUUGGGUUAGGAUCGCAAAAGACUGCGAAUAAGAAGCGGUGUAGGAACACAGGUAGAAUGCAAUUUGCAGCCAAUCUUGGGAAGCUUGGGACUCAUUGCAACCAUAUAUGUUCGGUAUUGGAAAAGGCUUUCAGGACUACGCACGCCAUGUAAGAAUAGAGUAGAGACACUUAAGACUUAGGGGACGCUUGGUAAGUUUCAUUUACGACGUUAUUUUUCUUUUCUUUUCCGUUUAUGCUGUCUUAAUUUAUUCUCAUGUAACUACUUCGAGUUGCAGAAAUUAAUGACAGAGGACGCCAAGAAGCGUAAACCGCAUGACGAUGAGCCGUCCAGCCCUCAUGACAGGCAGCUAUAGCCGUUCAUACGAGCACGCAUACAGAUGUCGUACAUGUUCGUGCCAAAAGGACUCUGAUAUGCGUUCGCGCUUAGCCUUUUCUUAUUCUUACUUAGCUCUUGCUCUAUGGGCACACUAAAUGCAUGAGUGCACCACUCAUGCGCACGACUGCCACAGCAUGGAAAACGUUCUCGCUGUCGCGCACUAGAGUAGCGGAACGCGUGUUUGUCAUGGCUAACGUAGAACUACAAUAUAUAUAUAUAUAUAUAUAUAAGGAAUAAUUCGGAGUUGGCAAGGCCUACGCGCAAUUUUCUUUUGUGUACCCGUUAUGCUAAACACAGGCAUGCGAAUCCCAGUUAAAAAAAUAAGAAACAGAACAAGAAAAAGUUGCCGUCUCCAGCACAGUGGCAUCACGUUAGGAGACGUGCAACGCUCUUGGUCAGUUAGUAUACGAAGAACCUUGAUGCACUUGCAAACUUUCAAGCUCCCAUAGCCAAGCCCCACGUUCUUUGGUUAUUCGUCGCGUGUUUGUCCCACUCGGUGGGUUUCUUAGCGCUAUGCCUCGGCGCUGGUGUCUCGGGGCAUCAGUCUGUAGGCCCUAGGGAUUGUCUGCCCGGCCUGAUAUGCAAACGCAGAGGCAACGCAACGGGCCCUUGAGGAGAAAGUUCCAGGGACUAACUUAAACCGACCGGCAUCCUUAGCACGUCAGUCAUGGUUUAUGUGGCCUUUUGUACAAUACACACGGGCGGCUGACGUCUGCAUCUGCAUGACACGGGCGGUGUAUUCCGCUCUUAUUUUUUGUUUUGAGCCGUAACCACACGUCAUUGUCCGUGUGCUUGUAGCCGGUGUCGGGGCCCUCGUAUCUCGUGUAGUGCGUGCACGUAGUCAGCGUUCCUUUUUACAGAGUAUUUCUUGUAUCUCAAUUUGUACCGUAUUGCUUUCCUUAUGUGUAAUAAGAGUCGUGGAUACCUCGUAAAAUACGAACCGUGGCAGCCAUUCUUCGACGGUGCGCGGGUGCGACGCGCCACGCAACUGCUCUCGCGAGACGUGCCUUGGGUGGGGCAGACCUGGCAGUGGCCACUCAUACAGCAGUUCGCGAUGACAGCGAUGCGGACGCGAACACACGUCGGCAGUUCUGCCGCGUGCUCUUUUAUUUAACUCUUGGAAACAACCGACCCCGCGCCUGCUUGAUUGUCGCCUUGAUUUGACCGAAAGUGUUCCUAUGUCUCAUUACAAUACAAAAAGCGUUGCACUAGCUUGACAAGAAUGGCGGCGAAUUGCCCACUAAUCGUAAUUUGGAGUGUUCUGACGCGCAGGCUAUGUGCACUUAUCCGCAUAUGUUACCGCAUCGCGAUAGAAAUUGGGUUAUCCUCGCCCUGGGUGCACAGUCUGGAGUUUAAGCUCGCGCUGCCUAGGUCUCAGCAACCCUGUACGGUGCAAGGCUCCAUUUACGAUUGCACUCUCAAGCAAGAACUUCUGCGGGCUGAAGUCCUUGCGUGGGCCACGUGGUGAAUGCGUUAAGGGCUGCGUGUGAUGGACCAGCAGUGCAAGCAACAGUACGCGCACUGAAAGCAACACAGGCCUUUAUCACGCCUCACGAUGUGCAGUUGAAUGCACGUAACCCUUGGAGAAUGGCUGCAGAGACGAUCGACCGUGUGCAUCGUCAGUGCAGAGUAUAGUGUUUCCUUGUUAACUGUCUCCUACGCGAAUGGUAAAUGAUUACGCGUCUUCGUGCUUCUGCCAUAUAGCGGCCAUAAUAGAGAUUCCGCACAUACUUGUUAACUUAACUUUACUGUCCGAGGUCUGUGCCGUUGAAACCGAUUGCUACCUGCGCUCAAAGAAAUUUACUGCGCCGCGUCCGCCAAAUGUGCAAAUUUAUUCGCAUUCCUACGUCAAUCAUGGCGAAUUUCUUUACUGUUAGCCAAUAAAUCUCUUACGAGAAACCAUCUGUAUAUGCAGGGUUACACACAGUUACGUCUAGCAAAGUCGUGUCAGACGGGCUUUGUUGAUCUGCUCUGCUAGCUUCUGCGCAUAGCACUCCAUCAUAGCUUUUCCGAACAAAAGAUGAAGGCUCGAAGUGUGCUGUUUUCUCGCCGAAGAAGCCUGGGCGCAAAGACUUAGUUCUCAAUUCAUAUAAGUAAGCGUUUGACGUAACAGAAAAAUCGCGCCUGUAUUUGAGGGCGCCGUCGCAGUCCUUGACGUGAAUACGAGGUCAUCAUAGCAGUUAUUUCUUGUAAAAAAGCAACUAGAAUUUAUUAGAGAAAAAAUCUGUCUUUCACAGAUUUAUGAAGGCGCACAGGACAUUUCACAAGGCUCACAAGUCCGCUAAGAGAGCUUUGCAUUUACACAUGUUCUUUGUAACCUAUGAAAGCAACAUUAUCACUCACGUUUGUCAACCGUGUUGCAGUCACGCCUUUUCGAGUUGUUAUACUGCCAUUCUGUUUUACUGCGUUUGUUUGGCUGCUCGUCCAUGACAUACGGGACUACCACUGCCAGACUACACAACUGACACUGCCUCCCUUUUAUUAGCCAUUUCUCCUGUGUUAAGGAAACUGCGUGCUUGUGACGCGGUGUUGCAAUAUGUAUUCUCGAAUUUCUCAGCCAGUGAAUGUGUUAUCUACCUUAAUUGGCUGCUGUGCGCAACGGAAUAGAGCUCUACUCGCCUAAGUGCCUGCAAGAUCAAUAGAACAUUUGUCCUGUAUUUUUCGGGUGCGACCACGCCAGUGUUGUUCCUUUUUGUAGUAAAGAAUUGUCUCCGAACACAUGUGAACUCUCUUGUAGUACGAAUGUCCAUGGCCCGCUUGUGUACAGAACGUCGUUAUUUCUUUGUGUACAUCUACCUGUGAACUUUUCUUGUGAAAAUAAAUAAAAUGUCUUUCAGGGUA